AUGGCAUCAACAUGGGCAAUAACACAAAAUGCUCGUAUGUACCCUGACGGUGAGUACAUACGAACGACACGGUUUCCAGCCAAGUUAUUAAUCAGCCAGCGACACACGUUGAAGCAGAACAGCAUGUACUGUCUCAGGUUCUGGUAUCAAAUUGUUCCACGCAAGCGACAACUUAGCAAUCGGAAAGAAAAAAUUUCCUUGUACAUUUUCCUGAAAGACAAACAAGCGUUCGAUCAGCCAGAGUGGCUAGUGGAUUCAAAUUACUUAGAUUCGACGUCAUCAACAUUGCAAAAGUCCAUUAAAACAUUAAGGGAAAGCAUUGGAUGGAGACAGGCUGAAAUUGUCGUCCACCUGAAGAAUGAUCCUCUCCAGUUCAUUCUUUCUGUACAGAAACAUAAACACUCAUCAUCGUCGUCGUCAUCGCCAUCAUCAUUGUCGUCGUCAUCUUCUGACAGCUAUCAGUACAACGCAGAUGAUGAUAGCGAUGAUGACAACCGCAAGAACGAGUACAGAAGUGGUGUGGCUCUUGAUGACAUCAGUUUGAUGGAAGGUCAAUGUCACGGAGCUGGGUGCAGUGAUAAUUUGCGGCUGCAAAUUAGGUUCUUAUGCGUUGGUAAUUCGAUUUAUUUAAAGAUAAGAGAAGCCAUUUUUGGAAUAUGCCUCAUUAGUAACUUCCAAACUAUCUCCAACUUGUAA